UUAUACAAGCAUCUGGUGAUGGACCACGAACCCGGUCCCCGAUUUUAAUGAAUUUCAAUUUUUGUAGUGUAACUACAAGCAACUAAUUGGCAAUAAAGCGUGUUAUUUAUACCAACAUUCAUUCAUUUCGUUAUUGAUUGGGGAAAACAAGUGCGGACCUGUUUCCAGGCCCAAAUUCGGAUUUUUUGUGUUCGAUUGUUGGCAAUAGAUACGUGACUAGGGUCACACCAGACGAAGUCACGAAUUUUUGCCGAAAGUGAGUGUAAAUCUGAAAUUGUUUUUGAUAAAUGGAAAUUGGCGCCUCUUCCGAAAUGACAAGAUCGUUCGGCGACAAUCGAGUGGCCUUGGCUUGUUGUUGUUUGUUGAAUUUCGGUGGGCUGUGGUGGCACACUUGGGAGUGAUUUUUGACUUUUGACAGCUGGGUCCUUUUGGAAAAUUCGGGGAUUUGAGGUGUAAUCCACGCUGAGUUGUGUAAACCGAGCUUUGUUUUAUCUCCUUGGGCAGCGCUGGUACGCAUGAACCUGCCAGGGGGGCGAGGGGCAGGAAGGGGAGUGUUCUGUUUCUGUGUCUGAGUUUGUGGGUGUCGCGAAAAGUUGUGAUCGUAUGAAACAAAACGUUAGGUAAUAGGAAGAGACGAACUUUUGCCGAAUCCUAAUAAUAGAGAAUCUCCAAGCCGGAGUGUGUUCGCUGUGGUGGCAUCUACACGUGUUGAUCGGGCAUCAGCUCCAUGACGGCUAAAUAUAUUUAUUUACUAUGCAGUAGUAUAAUAGCAUCCAUUCAUAAACCAGUUGUUGUCUCCGGAAUUGGCCAAUGUCAAAAGUUGACGUCUUCAUAAAUGAUGCACACGGGAGCUAUGUUGACAAAUAGAAGGUACAAUGCGAACGCCUCGGGAAAACCGUUCCGAACUUACUCAUAACGAACUGCGAGCCUAGCCACAGCCACACCAUUCAAUCCAGCAAAAUGGAUAUGGGUGUCCGAAAACUGCCGAAAAAACGAAAAUUUGACCCCUCCGAACUGGAGGAAAACACGACUGCUUCGUACAUUCCUGUGUCUGUUGUUCAAAGUGCACCGCAAGCCACAGCCGUCGAUUACUCCUGCCCUACCAAUAAGCAAAACACCGUCGAUCUCAGCGAGUGGUGCGACCACAGGGUGCUCGCCAAGCAGGGCGACUGGUACUACCCUGGGGUCAUCAGGGAGGCCCGAGGAAGCAAUAUAACCGUGGAGCUGGACGGCAAGGAGGAGAAGCUGGUGCACUUCACCAACGUGUUUGAUAACGAGUGUUACAACGUGAUAGGGGACGCGAGUCCGUCCAAGAACGAGGUGACGCUCGGGGCGCGCGUUUGCGUCCGUCAGAACCAGCAACAAAUGUUCGUGGAGGGUGUGGUAUUUAACAUUUGUAACGAGGGACAAGUCGUGCGUUUCGUGGUGGCCGUAAUCGGCGAAAAACAGUUGAAAAUAACGGUGAAACGGUCAGAACUGCGCCUUUUGCGCCCUCCAUGGUACGAUGAGCUCGUGGAGCCUUUGAUCCAGGAGUCCAUAACGCCGAAAUUGGAGUACUUUGCAAACACGACGGUGUCGCCCCACACACCGGUUUCCGCAUGCACUCCCCAAUCGAACGGUCGCAACUAUGACGACUACUGCGAGAGCGAAGAAGACGAGUUGCGAAGAGGUGAUAUUACGUUUAAUUCCGAGGUAGACGCUAAGCUUUCAGGGAGUUCGAAGCGGAGUAGUAUGCAUAGUAGAGGAAGCUCCUCCAGUAGUAUAACUCCCCGAUCUCAGCCGACCACUCCGCGGAGCCAAGCCACGACCCCUCACAAGUAUAAGAAAGGCGACGUGGUGUCGAACCCAAACGGCAUACGCAAAAAGUUCAACGGGAAACAGUGGAGGAGGUUGUGUUCGAAAGACGGUUGUACGAAAGAAUCUCAAAGGCGGGGGUACUGUUCAAGGCAUCUUAGCCUCAAAGGUAAUAGCCUUCGAAGUGGUCCCGCGUUUCCGCGUUCUAAUAGCAAAGCAGAUGGUGAGGAUACUUCCAGAGAUUCGGAAACUUCGCCGAAUUGUAACGAUCGAAGGAUCACCGGACGGUUCGACCAAGAGGAAACUGACGCGGCCAAUAUGUUAGUUUCUUUAGGUAGUUCGCGAUCGGCCACUCCGGCCUAUUCGCCCAAUCACCAAGGCUCAUCGCCUCAUACAAUGCAAUCACCGAUCACAGUCGGGUCCCGACAAAACGUUUUCAUGCCUAUUAUCAGUCCAGGCUUGCAAAAAAUCAACUCGCCGGGGCCACAAGGAUACAACACGGCAUAUCACCAACCCCUACCUUUAAGACCCGAGUCAGUUCGGCCGAUCCAGGGCGUGCCAAGUGUCAUUCGACUGACCUCCAGUCCUCGUCAGUGGGGUCCUAACUCGACCGACCACCAACAAGGCGUGAUUCUGCAGCAGGCUUUGACGACAAACCCACCUGUAGAAACCGAAAACGCCCAAAUCCAAUCAGGAACUGUUCUAAUGCAUUCAACUAAUGCAAGUCUACUACCAGUUAUAGUCAAUCCAACUCAGCUGUUACCUGUUUUGCCUUCUGCAUCACAGUCCGUUGUAAAAAAGGUGAUCCCUAGCGGCACCGUGCCCCAGCCCACGCCGCCAGUGAUCGUCAAAACGGAGCAAGUUGCGUCGAAUUUGCAACAGAACCACAAGGACCCAGUGAUCCAUCACGCGCCGCAGCCGCGCAUUUCCGUUCAGUCGCACACCGCGACCUCGCCCCAGUUCACCCAAACGCCUCCGCGGCCUGUGGCCCCCCAGCCGAAGAUCUCGACGAAUUCCCAAUCAGCCUUCGUAAUCCCCUGGCACUCGAUCGUUCCGAUUUUGACCGCUUGUCCUGAAUCCAACUCGCCGCCCCCUUCCGAGCUCUCGCCCCCGUUAUCAGCGCCCCCUGUUCCCAUCUCAGCGACGAAAAUGGACGUACCUGAUGACGACGCCGAAGAACUGAUUCCAAUUCCGGCCGAAGAAGACGACGAUGUUUUCGAAAAUGAACCAACGGAUGCGAGUUUGAACGAAAAUUCGACGAGCAAACGGCGGACGCAGUCACUGAGCUCGCUACAGACCCCGAAGGAUAAUAAUUUGGUCAAGAAUAAGGACCGGAUUCGGCGGCCUAUGAAUGCUUUCAUGAUUUUUUCGAAACGACAUCGGGCUUUGGUCCAUCAGAGGCACCCUAAUCAGGACAACAGGACCGUUUCGAAGAUUUUGGGCGAGUGGUGGUACGCCCUAGGCCCGGAACAGAAGCGGAAGUACCACGAGUUGGCGUCGGAGGUCAAGGAGGCACACUUCAAGGCGCAUCCGGAGUGGAAAUGGUGCAACAAGGACCGCCGGAAAUCGUCAACCGGUUCAACUCGCAGCAAGUUGAGUUCGACCGGUGACAGUGCCGAAGUGGGCGAAGUCCCGAUGAGCCCCCAGCCGUUGAACUCUCCGGCGCCUUUGGCGGAGCCCCCUCGCCAAAUCCUCCCAGACAACCCUGGGGACGUCUCCGACGACGACCAGAUGGUCAUAAUCGAGGAGCCGGGAACCGUCGAAAUCGACUUGAAAUGCAAAGAAAAAGUAACCGAUUCGGACUCUGAAUCGCAGAGCGAUUUGGAAGGAGGCGAGAACCGCUUCUCGCAGCAGCGUUUCAGUCCCGUGUCCAAAACCGGCACGGACGUCACCUACAGGCCUAAACCGAUCAAAGCAAUAAUGCCAACCUCGGACAGCUCGAUCAAGUACAGCCCGGUUGCGAGUUCGAGUAGUUUGGGUUUUCACUACUCGCCGGUGAAUCCCUCGGGAGUUACCGGUUUCCAGCCCACAGGGGGCGCUUUCAAGCAAGCACCGCAGGCCAAAUCAGUGAUUCAGAUCGGCGAUAGUCAUCAGAAUAGUCAAUUUGGGAGUCAACAACCGGUCACAGUUGCGAUUUUUACGGGACAGUCGGUUUGUUUGUCGAAUGAUACGGAGCGUUCGCAACCGGUGGUUGUGGUCGCGUCAACGCCGUCAGAACAACCUGUACAGUAUGUUUACAUGCCGCCACCGUUCACUGUUUCGGAUUCGAACGGACGGAACUUGUCUGUUCCGGUGCAACUGGUUUCGAAAACUUCCUCACAGGCCGAUGGCGGCAAAAAGGAGUUCAAGCUCGCGCCCACUCCGGCGCAGUUGGGCAAAGCACCGCUACAAAGGCGACAAUCGAUGGCUCCGACAACUUCAAAUAACACAGCGCAAGUCACAAGUGAACCGUCGGUCCCUUUGCCACCACCUCCCACCAGUGAGAGCUCAACGCAAGACUGCCUUGUGUCCCCAAUCCCGAAAAAGAGCCUUUUUAAACGGAACAAAGAAGACGGAAUGGAUAAGGUUUUGGAUCAAGUCAACUUUGAGAAAAAAUUCUGUUCCUUGCCUCAAUUUAAACCAGAAGAAUGUCAAUCACCAAGUGCUAUUUCGUCCUCAAGCCCUGGUCUUUUCGCAUACAAGAAACGAAACCUUAGCUUGACGAAUAGAUCGUCAGUCGAUGAGGAAUCCGAAAGCGAAACGCCCCAAUCCGUGCCCAAAUCUUCAUCGUCUCUGAAGCCAGCCGUGUUCUUCGGGCCUGACUUCAACGUCGACAACGUUCGAGAGAUGAACGAGAUGGGGGAGGGCAGCUCCCCACGGACGCCGCGCACGCCCGGGACGUCGAAGGAGUCCGAGAAGGGGCACCGAAAGAUUCUGGAGCAGCGUCGGCAGUUAGUGAUGCAGUUGUUCCACGAACACACGUAUUUUCCGUCUGCGCAAGCGACGUCGAACUUUCAGUCGCAGCAUUCAGAUAUAUUUCCGAGCAAAGCGAGUUUGCAGUUGAAAAUUCGUGAAGUAAGACAAAAAGUCAUGGCGCGAAACAAUUCAACUCCGCACAGUGCAAAUAGUCAAAGUAGUCCAGUCACUCCAGCAGAACCCUUAAAUGUAUCCUCUAGUAGUUAGCUAGUAAUGUGCAAUAACGUGUUGUCUUCCUUCUCAUAUAUUAUCGUGAAGUUAACUGAGGAGAACGGUUAGUGAAUCCCUCUCUCGAGAGAAACGAACAGUUGUUGGCGUAGUGCAAUUAUUGUGAAUCCAUGUCAUUUGUAUUCAUUUUAUAUAAUUUAUUGUAUCGAAAUUUUAUUAAGUGUACACUUGUAAUUGUAAAUCCCACGAUUGCCAUGUAAAAUGUUAUCAGAUAUUAAAUCACUAUUUUUAAAAUUUAUUUGGCCCAAGUCGUCAAGUGCACCUUCAAUGUUCCAAUUGUUAUUGUUGCGAUGACUGGAGUGUAUAAUGUUUAUGAUCACAGUUGCACUUUCUCGGCACUAAACGUUGCCAUAUCGAUGUUACGUUUCCACCAGAAAGGUGCUGUUUCGUUAGUUUCCUGGUGCUCAAUAGUUUUAGCACUUGACUGUAUCACGACUGGCCUAUAUGUGCAGACGGAAUUGCAUUGUUUCAGUUUUAAUGAAGGCUGCAAAUAUGGGUUGGUUUAAUUUAAGAAUUAAGUUCGCCUUUUGCAAUACUUGAGCUUUUCAAAUUUACUUGUAUUAUUUAGUAUUGUUAAAUAUAUUUUUUAAUUUUCCAAAUAUAGAGUUCUUUAAAUUAUUCAUUAUGGCUUUAAAUACGUAAAACCUGUUCAUUGAUAAGUGUAGCAUUUUGUAACUAAUGAUCUCUAUAGUGAAUCUUUGUGUAUUCAGCUGUACUUCGCAGGUUGUCAAUUUUAAGACUAACGUAACGUUAAAAUUCGCAACUUGUUUAGGAAAUAGUGAAGCUAGACCGCUUGGAUUAUUUUUCUAGGUAUAAUUAAUUUUGAUCUCAGUUAACGUUUUCCAUGUGAAUAUUAUUUCAAUUCCUAAGUAGGUAGUACGUAUUCACAGACCUAUAAAUACAUAGAUAUAUAUUAUAUACAUUGUGAUUUAUAACAAAAUAAAGUCAAGUUGAAAAUGA